AAUUCGGGCCAGAGCCAAAGUGUCUCGCACUGAUUGCGCUCAACGACAUCGUCGCUCGUUUUGCUUUGCUCACUGAUCAAACGCAACUUGGACCUGAGUGGAACUGCCGUGCACAGUACUUGCGGACCUUUUCGCUCGCCGCCGUCAAUCCGCAGCAACCAAACGUACUGCUUCCACCGUGCAGCUGCCAAUUGCCACUUUUCGCUAACCUUUGUCGCAAACAGAGGCCCAGGCUGCGCGUCGCACAAGUCAAAGUUCUGCGAACGCCGCCAAGUGUUCGGGCUUUUUGAUUCCACCUCACGACCUCUUUUCUCCCCUCGGUGACUUCCUCCCGAUUCUUGCUCUCGCCGCCUCCGGCCUUAUCCAUCUCGAUCACGCUCUGAUCAUCCUUCUCGAUUACCACAAUUACCUUUGCCAUCUCUCACUGCAAAUAUGGCGCCUGUCAAUGGAACCACUGGGAAGCCCGCCAAGCCCGCUGCUCGGCUCCCCCACCGACCCGUCGUGCCCGUUCUGCCCCUCAAUUAUCCUCAACGGCCAGCGAGCAAGCAACCUGCCCUUCCGACCGCUUCAUCGUCGUCUCCGAACACGGGUUCACAGGUGCCGAAACAGGGCAAAGCCCAGGUGAACGGGAACUCAGCUAGGCAUGGCCCAAGCUCCACAACCGAUCUCGAUUCCGCAACUCCCUCUGUUGCUCCCGUCCAAGCUGCCACUACAACGGCGCCAGCCGGGCCUGUGACAGCGGCGGAAGAAGACGAUAAAGAUACCCCGACAAUUUCAUCUACUGUCCCUGCCCAGCGUGCGCACUCACCUACCCGUCAUCGACCUCCGGGACUUCCCAACCCCGCACCCGAGCCCAUGGGCACAUCCGGUCCGGUCCCCGAAGGCCCCAUCAUGGCUCCACACCCUGCCCUGAUGAACCGACCAGGUUUCCACCAACACCAUAUUAGCACCGGGAGCUUGGUUUUCAACGGUCUCCACGAUUCCAAUGCAUCCUCGCCUGCUCCUCGCUCGGGCGGCGGUUUCGCCCCUCCGCCGGGCCUCCUCCCUUAUCCGCCGCCUGUGGAUGGAUAUGGUCGGCCGCUCGUCGUCUCGGCAGCCGUUGAUGGUUUCCCCCCGACCCCUCUAAACCACCACGGGCCGCCGACGCCUCAUAGCUUUCACGGAUCGCAGUCAUCUCUGCAGGCCGAGGAACAUGUUUUCAACCACUACCCCGCUGGUAACGGCACCGGCACCCACGCCCCGGUAUCCGCGGGACAAGGCACGAUGCCUCCCCCGGGGAUGAAUGGCACCGGACAUCCUACCCCCGGCUCGGUGUCUGCCUACCAGGCCCUACGUGACCAGGACGAGGCCCUGUCUUUCCUCAGGCAUGGAAUCUCGGAUAACACCUUCAAUGAUUGCGUGCUUGAGGUCCGCUUCCCGGAUAGCCCGGAAUUCCAGGACCACCCCGGCUACCGACAGUUGCACCGCGUUCUCAGGACUCAGGGUCACCGCUUCAUCUUCUCUCGCAGCCCCAUGCUUGCCGGGGUCAUGAAGUCCCAAGGAACCGCGCCGGGCGGCGUCAUCUUACUUGAAGUCAGCGAUGAGUAUAUGCGGUCGGAUAUCUUCUGGUACUCCCUCCGCUCCCUGUACGGCUGGAGCCUCGCCGAUGGCCAUCUUCCUACCGAACUUCGCCUUCGGGACAUUGGAGACGAUCUCAAGACCGCGCUCGGUUACAUUGCCACUGCACGGUAUCUGCAGCUACCCUGGGUGCACUCUGUCGCCGUCCAUCGCGCCAGCAGCCUUCUUCACUGGAACACGAUCGAGUUGGCGGUCAAGUUCGUUUCACAGAUCACGGCCGUAUCCCCGCGGAACGAUGGCUUCAACAUCUCGGUGCUCUUGGAGCAGGUCCUUUCGUUCAUUGUUCACAACUUCCCAGCCAGUUUUGUCCUUGACGCCAACGCAGGCGAUUACGGUUUCCCUCGUUUCCCGCCUUCGAACGCUCCGACACGUAGCUCCAAUGGACCCACGAUUGCCAAUGGUACGUCUGGUGGGCACCAUAGCCGCCAGUCCUCCAUGACUCAGGCCCAGAUGCCCCGGAACCCGCGCGUAUCUUCCAACCUUCGCUUGUCCCAGAUCAAGUUUGGAGACAUCUCACCAUCCAAGAACGGAUACGCGCGUGCCCCGACCCCUAACGAAACCCUCCUCUCUCGCAUCCUGCUCAACUUGCCGUUUGAGCCUCUGAAGCAGAUAUUGGAGCACCCCCAUCUAGCGAAGCUCUCCGGGGAGCUCACACCCGCAUCUCGGCAGUCCAUGAUCACCGACGUUAUUGUCGAGCGUGAGCUGAGGCGCCAGCGAGCCCUGGAGAAGGUUGACCCACAGCUCCGCGCCUACCAAGAGCGAGUCGAGAACGCGACAGGUCCCCUGGUCGUGGGGCACAUGGAUGACUUCUGGGUCAACAACAUGGGGUUCAAGGAAGAGGUAUUCCCUGGCGACCUCCCCUACCUUGUCCACACGUGGUCGCAGCCGACUUCGUCCAACGUUAGCACCUGAGCCUUGCAGUUACAACCUUGGGCCGGUUAGUUCUCACGACUUUAUGAGUUUGGGGAGUUGGGUUGGGGGAUAUAUGGGGGUUUCCGCUCGCAUCUGCAUUUACUGGCUCAUAUGGUUUCCUUUUCCUCCUGCUUUGUCGGUCGAUACACCUUUUCUUACAUGCUGCUUGGCAUUCUUUGCAUUGCGCCUGGAGUCACAUGGUUACACAAAAUUGCUUGCCCUCGUUUGUUGGGCAGGCUAGAGGGAACGGGGGCAUGCUAUGAGCGGUUUCCUUUUUUCUACUUUUGGGGGUUUCCUUCUCGACGCGGGACGACCAGCUCCCGCUUUUUUU